AUGAGCACGCUCCUCGGGCCUCGCAAGGCGUCUCGACGACCACGCUAUGACGACGCACAGAUUGAAGCUCAGCUCGAGUCGCUCUACUUGCUCUCGGAUCUCGGCCUAUCACUCAAGCACGACAGCACAGAGCAGAUUGCGCCUAUCUUGCGGAACAUACAGGCAUCCGGUCAGCAGGAUGCUUUCGCACGCCAUCUGGACGACUUUGUGAGGUCCAAGGAGGCAGAGAUAGAGUCUGUCUGCAAGGACAACUAUCAGGACUUUGUGUCGUCAACUGAAAAGCUCCUCAAAAUCCGUCAAGGCACCGUCAACCUGAAGCACCGCAUUGUCGAACUGGACGAGGACAUACAGAGCAAAGGUGGCGAUCUUGCUGCCAGAAAACGCGACUUGCUAGAAUCGAGACGCGUUGGUGCCAACAUCGACGAAGCGAUAGAAACGCUCCAGGCGUGUCUGCGUGUCUUCGAUCUCUUCAGCAAAGUCAGUGAACUCAUCGCUAACAGGCGAUACUUUGCUGCUCUGAGAGCUAUCGAAGAUCUGGAGAGCGUGCAUCUGAAGCCACUCAUGCACCUCCCAUUCGCAGCGCAUAUGCUCUCAAUCCUUCCGACAACUCGACAGGCGAUCCGCGAAGCAGUCACGAAGGAGAUCAAAGCAUGGCUUUUCGAAGCGCGUGAGAGGAGCCAGCAUGUGGGCAAACUGGCCUUUGCAGCCGUGGAGCAACGCAACAAGCGCUGGAAAGCAAAGAAGCUCAAGGAAGACACUGGCAUAGCCCUCUUGCCUCUCGCAAGACUCAACGGACCUGUUGAGCUCGGCCUCAAGGAGAGGCAUGAUAAGGAUAUCCUCGAACAAGGCGAUACCGAGUUUGACUUCCGGCCGCUUUAUCAAUCGAUCCAUAUCUACGAUACCCUCGAUGCGCGCGAAGAGUUGCAAUACAGCUACCAAGAGGAUCGACGGGCGCAAGCCAAUUUGAUCCUGUCCCAGUGUAAUUUCCUUACACCUUUUACCCUUGAAGGCCUCACUACCUUGCUCGAGAACAUCGUCGGCUUCUUCACCAUCGAACACUACGUUCUCAAGUCCACAGGCACUUUCAGGCUCGAGCAAGAUGUGGACGAGCUCUGGGAAAUGGUAUCGCAACGCACGGUCACACUCAUUACAGACGCACUCGCAAAAUGCAGUCAGCCCGAAAUGCACUUGGACAGCAAGCAGGUCAUACUGGGCUUUGUACAAUCACUUGAAGGCUACGGAUACAACGUCGAGCCUCUGCUUGCGCUGCUUUCGAGCCUCUUCGACAACUAUGUCACUCUGCUGACCCAGAAGCUUGGGCGCGAUUUCGAGAAUAUGAUUGCCGAGGACAAUUUUCAGUCGAUGGUAGUGGAGACAAGCGAGCAGCUCGACAAAGUCGCAAGCGUCUGUUGGCUGCCGCUACAAGGCGAAUGGUCUGAAGCUGUCUUGCGAAGUCACGGCUUUCCGCUCGGGUUGCCUUUCUCGCCUACGUAUCCGCUGGCAUGCAUCGAUAUACGCAAUUACAUCGAUCAGUACUAUCAAUUCGUCGAUGGUUUUGCGCAGCAUCGCCGCGACGUGGAUGAUCGUCUGAGAAUGGCAUUGGACACCUUCAUUCGCGAUCGUCUCAAUCCGACCAUUGCAAAAUAUGCCAACCCGUCACUCAACCUGUCGCAACUUUCACAAAUCGUCGUCAACCUUUGCUUCUUCCAGAUAGCUUGCUCCGAGAUAGAGAAAUUACUCGGUUCAUUGAGACUUCUCACAAAGACUGCAAUCGUUCAUCUGACUGCGCCAGAAGCUGUCGCAAAGACGCUCGAUACGACCCGGCUCCAGACAGUACGAUCUGUCACUGGCAAGCUUGACAGCUUCUUCUUGGAUGCGCGCUACGACUGGACGCUCGAACAACUCACCCCUAGACUGCAAAUGCGACCGAGCAAUUAUCUUUUGGAGCUGGUCGACUACCUGACGCUCGUUAUGGACUCGAUGCUGAUACAGAUGCCAAUCGAAGUCCGCAACGACGUAUACUUGGGCGUACUAGCUCACUGUGCAGACGAAUUGAUGAAUUUGCUCAUAGAUGAAGAGCCUCGAAGGAUCAGCGAGGCCGGAUUUGCAACUUUUGCAAAUGAUAUUAAGCAUCUCGUGCAACACGUCAGCUCGAGCGAUUGCGAUGGCGCUGAGGAAGAGCUUUCCGAGCUGUCUCAAAUUGUCUCGCUCGUACAAAGCAACUCGCCGCAAGACUACCUAGACCCGGAUCUGCACGAGAUGGCGUUCGCCAGCAUCACGCCAAGUCACCUCAACACAGUCCUUGUCAAACUAUUGACACAUCUCAAUAGCCUUUCUGGCGCGCUCAACUCUAAUCUCCCUCCUCAAUUAGCAAAGCGCAAGCGUAACUACGAAGAGCUCCUCAAAGCCUUGUCUGCAUCGAAACAAUAA